UUAUAGACUUGAAAAGAAGAAGAUGGCCUACUCAAAAUUCGUUCUUUAUGCUAUCCUAGCUGUGUCUCUUCUUCUUUCCGGUGCUGAAACAAAAACGGCUGUGGGGCAUCGACUCGCAAAGUGUUGCAACCAUCAGCCUCAGUUUGGAAAAUGCGACACAAAAAAAGAUGAUGAUAGAUGCACCAAGAUGUGCAUGAAUGGUUGCUCCACUAACAAAGGUGGUGGCUGUCAACCUAUCUUAGCUGCCCCUGGCUCUGGUUGCUUAUGCUACUGUUAA